AUGUCGCUCAUCUCAGACGAGGAAGACUUCCUCUCAGACAACCAAUCCGACGCAUCAUCCAGUGACGAUGAACCCUUACCUCCACCUCCGCUACAAACAAACUACUUCGCUCCACCAUUCUACGGCCGACCUCCAACACCAUUACCUCCCUCUCCAUCUCUAACAUCAUUACUUCGUCCAUCACGACCGACCACUCCCGAUGCCUCGGACGAUGAACUCGAGCCAGUACCCCGCGCAUCCCCCAAGGUUCCCACAUACGAAUACUACGGCUUCGUGCUAUACCUUUUCUCAUCCCUAACCUUCCUCAUCUACCUCCUAUGGUCCUACCUCCCAUCUCCCUUCCUGCACGCGCUGGGCAUAUACUACUAUCCCAACCGAUGGUGGGCGUUAGCUAUCCCAUCCUUCCUGGUCAUGCUCAUAGUCUACAUCUACGUUGCGCUCGCAGCCUACAACACGGAGAUCCUGACACUUCCUAUGACUUCAUUGGAAACCAUUGUCGAUGAGGCUGCUAUGAUCGCUGCGAUCGACAGUAAGGGAAACAUAAAGCCGGGCGGGUCGUGGAAACCUAUCACUGAGGAUAAGGCUAGACAGCUCGACUGGAAAAACACAUGGAACAAGCGUACGGAUGCGGUUAUGGACGUGCCGCUAGCUGGUGUAUGCGAGGUUAUAUACGGUGAUUUGGCAGACUCGGAUGAUGAUGUCGAGUUUGAUACGCAUUGA